AUGUACGAAUCGAUCCAUACUCACCAAAGCAAACCAAAUCUCUAUCGUCUAUCUCAUCUCUACCGUCUCUCUCUUGGCGGCGUUGCUGAUCUCUUCGGUGCGCAUGGUGGCGAGCGUCCACCACUACCUCCUUUGCACAAAUACCUGAUCCACGUCACCUGCCAAGCUUCCGCCUAUGUCGUCGGAGUAGCCGGAUGGGCCACCGGACUGAAACUCGGCAGCGACUCCGUGGGAAUCGAAUACAACACUCACCGCAACAUCCGGAAUCGCACUUUUUUCCCUAGGAACCAUUCAGGCAUUUGA